CGGCUAUGGCUUUGCAUGGGUAUAGACCCUGCUACUGGUACCACCAGAUUCAGUGGAAACCCAUGUUCGAGGAGGGGCCUUGGAUCACAGCUAUACUUAACUACGACGGGGGAGAUGAGAUGAGACUGAGGAUCAACGUGAAAGGAGGAAAAGAGGUGGAGAUACGGACUAAUGGGAAGUUGCAGGACGCUAUCACGGAGACGAAAGAUCGUGUGGAGAGGCGUUGCCGGAGGAACGGCGUGACGGCGAGAAUGCAGGUAACGGUCUCGUAUCAUGAGACCGAGACCUCCAUGGACAUGGCGCAUCUGAAACAAGCCCACGUGGACAGGGACUCGGCUGGGGAGAGCGAAAUGAGUGAAGCAGGGGAUCGGGAAACGGAUCUCAGAUCCUGGAAUAGACCAGGCGAGAUCCAGAGGCACCACCGGGCUGUGAAACCGGUGGAAGAGGGACCCGAGGCAAGCUCGCGACAACUGACACCAAGGGGUCGUGGGACGGGUGAGAAGCAGAGCAAGGGAAAAAGACAGGCCUGAAAAAGAGGCAUGGGAAGUCUGUGUGAUGGGACUGAACCCGAAAACGGAGAGGCAAGAGCAGUAGCACAGACACAC